AUGAUGGAGUCUAAUCUCAAACAUGCUCAAGAAAACGAGAUUCGCGUUUUGAGCUCAAUUUAUAGUAGUGCUUUAAAAGACCUUCGUAGCAAACGUGAUAAACGUUUACGCCCACCGUAUUUUUCAUUAACAAUAACACCAAUACGAUCUGAUAGUGUAAUUGUACAACAAAAUAAUGAUCCAACAUUUGAUUUAAUCGUUCAAGAAACAUCUCAAUAUCCACAUGAACUUCCGAAAAUAGAAUUAACCAAUCCUAAAAAUUUAUCUAUUGAUGCUUUAGAACGAUGCGAAAAAGAACUUCGAAUUCAAAUGCAAAAUUACAUUGGCGAAGAAAUGAUUUAUUUACUUGCACAACAUGCACAAAUAUUUCUCGAUGAGUUUCGUCCUAGAAAACGUACUCCACCUCAUAUACCGCCAGUAAUUGAACCAAAUCCUGAAAAUGAAAACGAUCAAAAAAUUGAACAAGAAAUUGAUGCUAUUUUAGAAAGAUAUUCAAAAGAAGCAGAAAAACAACGACAUAGACUGUCUGAUGUAACAUCAACAAAACAUGUUCAAUUUACUCGUAUUAUAUCUGAAACAAUGAUAAAAUUUGAAAAUCCAACUGAGAUAACUAUUCGUCGUGGUCAUAUUUUACAUAAAGAAAUGCAUCCACUUGUACCAGAACAAAUACUUAAUACAUCGUAUUUAUGUACAGACAGUGAUUCGGCACAUAUUUAUUGUCUUUAUGAAUGGAAUUUUGAAAAUAUAUUAAAUGAUGAGAAAAUCAAUGAUCAAGAAGAUUUUCGUGCACAAUAUCGCCGUGAAAUAGGAAAUAUUGAAAAUGAUAUUAAACAUUUAAUAAAUAUACGACAUAAUUUAUUAUGUAAAAUUAUUGCUUAUCAAUACGUUAUUCAUGACACAGCUGCUUAUACAUUUCGAGUUUUAACUGAAUGGCCAGAAGCUAGCUCUCUUGAAGUAUUUGAUUCUUGUCCGGUAUCGGAAUCUUUAUUAAGGAAACUUGCAAUAUCUCUUUGUGAAAUACUUUCAUUUCUUCAUUCAAAAUCAAUUAUUCAUCGUGCAAUUAAUACAAAAUCGGUUUAUCUUUGUGCAACAGGAAUUAAAUUAACUCGAACAAGUUUCGUUCGAAGAUUAAAUGAUUUACAUAUCUUGUAUCAUGAAGAUCAACUUCCAAGAUCUCUACAGGGUUCAACUAAAUAUGAUAUUUACGAUAUGGGUUUACUUUUGCUCAAUUUGGCUACUGGACGAGUUCAUACGUGUAUCCUUGAUACACCAUCAACAUUAUCUGAUGAAUUUCGAGAUUUUUUACAACGUUGUGCAAGUGGUGAAUCAUUGAAGCAAUUAUUGAUAGAUCCGUUUCUUGUUCAUACAAAUGAAUCACAGACAAAUUUUGAUAGACUUAUUUCUGAUUCGGAAAAUCGUGAUACAAAUUCAACAAGUAAUAAUAAUGAUGAAAUGCUUGUAUCAGCUCAAUCACGUCUUAAAUCUGAUUUUGAAGUUAUUGGAAGUAUAGGUCGAGGCGGGUUUGGACAUGUAUUCAAAGUACAAAAUAAAUUAGAUGGAUGCUUUUAUGCUGUUAAACAGAUUCUUCUUAAGAGUGCAAAUAAGCAUGUUAAUAAAAAAAUUACACGAGAAGUUAAAUUACUUUCAAAAUUAAAUCAUCAAAAUAUCGUGAGAUAUUAUAGUACAUGGACUGAACAAAUGCCAUUGAGAAAUGAAAAUAAAUCUUCUACAGACCCAUCAACAACAAAUAAAUCACAUGCAUCUUCAAAAAAGAAAUCUGCUAAUGGAGAUAGUUUAAGAAAUGAAUUACGUGGUACAAUACCUGAAUUAUCGAGUUCAGGUGAACAACAAAAUGGAGAAAAUAAUUCGUUCGAUAGUACAUCAUCAUCGAUACCUUCGUCAGACGAUGAAAGUGGUGUAUUUGAUACAAGAACAUUUCAUCCAGUAGAAAGAAGUGAUGAUAUAGUUGUAUUUGAUCAUGAAGAUAAUGAUGGUGAUAAAUCUGAACUUCCUAUUAAUGGAAAUAAAAAUGAUCGAUCAAGUUCAUCAUCAUCUGUUAAUACCAAUGGUGAUCAACAUAUUCAACGAGUUUUAUUCAUACAAAUGGAAUACUGUGAAGGAAAUACAUUAAAACAAUUGAUAGAUCGAGGAAUAUUACAGGAAAAACCAAAUAUGAUUUGGAUGUUAUUACGUGAAAUUUUAGAUGGUCUUAGACAUAUGCAUUCCAAAGGAAUAAUUCAUCGAGAUCUAAAACCUGGUAAUAUUCUUCUUGAUUCAAAUGGACAUGCAAAAAUAGGAGAUCUUGGUCUUGCAACAAUCAGUAAACUUUCUGGUUACACCGAUUCAUCUGCUCAAACGCAACACCAUUUAGAUGCACGAUCAAGUUGGUCAGUAGAACUAAAAGAUGGUGGACUUAUAAGUACUCCUGUUGGAACAACAUUUUAUAUAGCACCUGAAUUAUUAAGUGGUCAACGAAUAGCACCCACUGAAAAAAUCGAUAUAUAUAGUUUAGGUAUAACAUUUUUUGAAAUGUGUUAUCCAUUUAAUACAUCAAUGGAACGCGCGAAAACAUUAUGUGAAUUACGUCGUCCAGAAAUAUAUGUUCCCGAUCAUUUUCGACAAAAAUCAUUUUCACGUCAUUAUGAAAUUGUUAUUCAAAUGCUUAAUCAUGAAGCAGAUAAACGACCAAGUGCAAAUACUUUAUUAGAAUCGAAUAUAAUUCCAUUCGAACAAGAAGAACAAUUUGAACAACUAUUAGAUAGUAUGAUAAAUAGUGCAAAUAAUGAUUUACAAUCAUUUUAUUAUCGAAAAACAAUAACGAAAUUAUUUCAACGAAAAAAUAAUAUUGCACGUGAUGCAACAUUUGAUCCAGAUGUUCAAAUUGAUUUUAACAAAUUAACAAUAUUUCAUCGAGAUUCACAUCUUUAUGCAAGUAUACGAAAUAGUUUUAUUCGUAUAUUUGAAAAAUAUGGUGCAUUUCUUAUUCGUUUACCAAUAUUUAUACCUGAAACAUCGCUUUAUAAUAAAAAUGAAUGUUCAAAUUUAAAAUUUAUAUCAUCAACUGGUCUUAUUGUUUCACUCGCAUUUGAUUCGAAAGUACCAUUGGCUCGUUUUAUUGCUCGAUGUGUAUCUCAUUAUGGUUUAAAUGGUUUGACGACAAUGAAAUGUUAUCAAAUUGGAAGUGUCUAUCGUGAAGGUGUUACUGAAAUGCAUCCGCGUGAAUUAACUGAAUGUGGUUAUGAUAUUAUAUUUACACAAUCAACAUUUCUUCCGGAUGCUGAAAUAUUAGCUGUGAGUCAAGAUAUUCUUGAAGAAUUACAUUUACAAAAAAAACGAAAUGUUUUUAUUCGAUUAAAUCAUAGUCAAUUGUUACGUGCUAUUUUAAUCUUUUUUGAUGUACCCACCGAUAAAAUUAGUUCAUGUUUAGCGGCAAUUAAUAAAAGUCGUUUCGAUUCCACAAAUUCAACAAUAGCUAUGUAUUUAAUCGAAAAUGGAAUUAGUGAACAAACAGCAAAUCGUAUUCAAACAUUAUUAGAUAAAGAUGGACCAUUUAAUGAAGUUAUUAGUCAUUUAAGAGGAUUUACUAAAGCUAAAACUGAGGGAUCAAAAUUAUUGAAAAAUAUCGUCGAGGAAUUAGAAACAAUUGUAACAUAUGCACGUUGCUUUGGUGUAACAAUCCCUAUACGUUUAACACUUCGAUUUAUGACACUUAAUCCAAUAUUGGAUAUAAACACGUUUUCAGGUUUUAUAUUUCAAUUAGCUUCUGUUGUUCAACGAAAAAAACGAUCAGUUUAUGAAGUUUAUGCUGGAGGUGGUCGAUAUGAUCCAUUACUUGCACAAUUUCGACGACCAUCACAAAAGAAACAUUCUAAUGAUUUACCACAUAUUGUUGGAGUAAGUUUUGAUAUGGAACGUCUUCUUCAACUUUCAAUAACUCGAACAACAAGUCCAACUCGUUUAUCAAAUACGAAUAAAUCUUGUGAUACAGUGAUUUGCUUGGGUAGUCAUCCAGUCGAAUUAUUACGUCUUCGUCUUGAACUUGUUACAAAUGGUAUCGGAAUUGAUACUUUUUAUGAAUUUCCAUCGAAUUUUGAGAUUCUCGAUGAUUAUUGUCUCUCAUGUGGUUAUACUUAUUUAAUUUAUGGAAAAGAAGAUUCAAUUGAUGAAGGCUUUCGUUUUCGUACAUAUGAAAAUGGUAAAGUUAUUACUGAUAAACGUCUAUCCAGUGGUCAAAUCGUUCAGUAUUAUCGAGGCGAUAGUACUAAUACAAAUCUGAUUAAUUCGAAUAGUUGUGGAACAUCAUUGAAUCUGUAUAAUGAUACUGAACCAUCAUUACCUCAACAAACAGUGGGCACACCAGGUGGAAUUUCAAUGAAAAAUGCUCCAUCAUUAUCUUCAUUAACAUCUAAUAAUGAACCAGUCAGUGCUGGUGCACAAUUAAAUAUAUAUUUGUAUCUAAUUGAUUCAAUACUAAAAUCAAUACCAAAGAAAAAAAUUGAAAAUCAAGUACACUAUAAAUUAUCAACAAUAUCAUCAUUAUUUACAUCGAAAAGUCGUAUUGAAGUAUUUGUAUUUGAUAUACCAGAUUUAAUUUUAACAAUUUUAAUAUCAACAUUAUUAAUUGAGGAUGAAAUAUCAUAUAAUUCAUCUGUACGUACAUUAAUUGAAAAGAUUCCAACACGUUUUCAUGAUACAAUAUAUCGUUUCUCUGAUCAAUUAAAAGAAAUACGAUUUUUAAAAAAAUCGAAAUUAUUUGUUAUAUCAUCUUAUAAAACUGACUUCUAUCGAUUUAUGGCUGCGUUUACUUAA